AUGUUUAACACUACACCGAUAAAUAUUGACAAGUGGUUGGAAGAAAAUGAAGAUCUAUUGAAGCCACCAGUCAAUAAUUAUUGCCUGCACAGAGGGGGAUUCACUGUGAUGAUCGUUGGUGGACCCAAUGAAAGAACUGAUUAUCAUAUUAAUCCAACCCCUGAAUGGUUUUAUCAGAAAAAGGGAUCUAUGCUGUUGAAGGUUGUGGACGAGACUGAUGCCAAGUCAAAGUUCAUUGAUAUUAGCAUCAAUGAAGGCGAUUCGUAUUUAUUGCCCGGGAAUGUUCCUCACAGUCCCGUUCGAUUCGCUGAUACCAUAGGUAUUGUUGUGGAACAAGACAGGCCUGGCGGAGAAAACGAUAAGGUGAGAUGGUAUUGUUCGAAUUGUCGCCAAGUUGUCCAUGAAAGUGAACUGCAAAUGUUAGAUUUGGGCACGCAAGUGAAGGAGGCCAUUUUGGAUUUCGAAAAUGAUGUUGAAAAAAGAACAUGUUUCCAUUGCAAGACUUUGAACUACGCACGUCCUCAAUCUAAUUAG